GCGGAAAACACGUAUCGUGGCGUGUCCGAGGCUCUCUGCGCCAUGGAAACUUCGCAGCUACCCCGGCGCAUCAUUAAGGAGACUCAGCGGCUGCUGAGCGAGCCUGUGGCCGGAAUCAGCGCAGCCCCUAGCGAAGAUAACCUGCGCUAUUUUAAUGUCAUCAUCUUGGGACCCGACUCCUCCCCAUACCAAGGUGGUAUGUUCAAGCUUGAGCUCUUCCUGCCCGAGGACUAUCCCAUGGCGGCGCCAAAGGUGCGCUUCCUUACAAAAAUCUACCACCCCAACGUGGACAAGCUUGGCCGGAUCUGCCUCGACAUCCUGAAGGACAAGUGGAGCCCCGCGCUGCAGAUCAGGACUGUGCUGCUCAGCAUCCAGGCCUUGAUGAGCGCCCCAAACCCCGACGAUCCGCUGGACGAGAACGUUGCACGCCACUGGAAGACAAACGAGGUGGAUGCAAUGAACACCGCGCGGCAGUGGACGGCAGCACACGCGCAGCCGCAGUGAGGGCCACAUACUCUCGCUGCCUGUCGGCCAAGCCCAUCUGAAGAGCAGCCUUAACAGACGGUGCAGCAAGCGGUAGCCCAGCAGCAGGUUUUUUCUUCUUGUUUGCUUCAUAUCUCUUCUUGCGCGCUGCAUGUAGCAUAACAUCCUUGUAUACUUUACAGCAGAAAGGUUUGACACCGACGCAAACUCACAAAAAUGUUAACAAUGAACAAAUUGCAUCCACGCAAGUUCAACGCGCACGCAGUAUGUGCGUAGUACACAGAAUUGCAGCGCAGCGAACACGCUAGCACGGACGCCCCUCCUCCGUUGGUGGCAGCACAGCCAUGCUUGUUUUGCUGGGCGCAGCACUCAAUGUUCUGCUAUGUGCCCCACUCGGUGCCGGCCUCAGGCCACUGCCUAAUCUUGUGGUCGACAGGUUCUCAGAGGGAAAGCCCGAGCCAUGUAACGAGGCUGCUGGGUUCACGAUGACUGGGAAAAGCGGUUUGAGCCGCGCCGGCUGCCACUGUCCAUCGACAAAUGCCAGCUCAACGACAUUCAUCUCCUCCGUGUAAUCCACUCUGCUGUGGCGGAUGUAGCUCAUGGGCAGGCUGAAGAGCAGGUACACCACCAAUAUGACGCCAAAGUAGAUGGCUGUCUUCCAGAAAUCCCGAUUAUUCAGAGCACCCGUGCAGAAAAGCACGAGCCCGAUUGCUGUGGAGGGCAACCAUGGCAUGAGCCACCAAGGCACGUGCCACCUGGCGGGCUCGUAUUCCAGGGGGCAGCACAGCUGGAAGGAGAGGGUGACAAGGAACCAAGCCAGCGCAAACCACUCGGUGCCUGCACUGGAGCGAACUAGCCUCUCGCCCUCUUCCACCUCC